ACAGCCAAACAGCUGGUGGCCGCACUGUGUCGCUCGCUCAGUGUGGUUGAUGGGGAAACCAUAGGGAAACAACAAGCAGGCAGGAAUCAUGGAUUGGGUCUCAAUAAACCUUAUCUGGGCCGCUAUUUUCAUCCAAAAGGUCGUAGGCGAGUAUGGCAUGGCUCACUUCAACGACAAAGACGAUAGCAAAGGAAAAGAUUACUGCAUUUUCUUCAACUCCCAGUGGGCACGUCUACCCCAGGACCUCAACAAAGCAUCCCGUCUCCAGAUUCAUGACCUCACAGCGUCGGUGCUGUGCUCAGCCUCUGAGGUCCCCGAUGGGGGCUUCCCUAACCGCAUACCCAUGGUGAUGAGGGGCAACUGCACCUUCUACGAGAAGGUGCGACUGGCCCAGAUCAACGGUGCCAAGGGCAUACUCAUUGUCAGCAAGGACCGUCUGACGCCACCAGCUGGAAACAAGACCCAGUAUGAGGAGAUCGAUAUCCCCGUAGCACUGCUCAGCUACACUGACAUGCUGGAUAUUAGCAAGAACUUUGGGGAUGAAAGAGAGGUGGCCAUGUAUGCUCCCAAGGAGCCUGUGUUGGACUACAACAUGGUCAUCAUCUUCAUCAUGGCCGUGGGCACGGUAGCCAUGGGCGGCUACCUGGCUGGUAGCCGAGACACCAAAAAGCGCUACAUGAAGCACAAGCGGGACGACAGCAACGAGAAGCAGGACGAGGAGACGGUGGACGUCACGCCCAUCAUGAUCUCCGUGUUCGUCCUCAUGUGCUGCACCAUGCUGCUGCUCCUCUACUACUUCUACGACUACCUGGCCAUUUGGGUGAUAGCCAUCUUCUGCAUAGCGUCUUCCGUGGGCUUGUACAGCUGCCUGUGGCCUUUUGUCAGAAGAAUGCCUUGCUGCAAUUGCAGGGUCCCGGAAAACAACCUGCCCUACCUGCACAAGCGGCCGCAGAUCCGCAGUCUGCUGCUGUCCGCCUUCUGCAUCGGUGUCAGUAUCACCUGGGCCGUGUUCCGCAAUGAGGACCAGUGGGCCUGGGUGCUACAAGACACCCUGGGUAUCGCUUUCUGCCUCUACAUGCUCAAAACAAUCCGACUGCCCACGUUUAAGGCCUGCACUUUACUCUUGGUGGUGCUUUUUGUCUACGAUAUCUUCUUUGUAUUUAUUACUCCGUUCCUCACGAAGAGCCGGGAGAGCAUCAUGGUGGAGGUGGCGGCCGGCCCCUCUGACUCCUUCUCUCAUGAAAAGCUCCCUAUGGUGCUGAAGGUGCCCAGGCUGAACUCCUCCCCCCUGGCCCUGUGCGACCGGCCCUUCUCCCUGCUGGGCUUUGGGGACGUCCUGGUACCAGGGCUCCUGGUGGCGUACUGUCACAGGUUUGACAUCCUCACCCACUCCUCCAGGAUCUACUUUGUGGCCUGCACUAUUGCCUACGGCGUCGGCCUGCUGAUCACCUUUGUGGCGCUGGCCGUGAUGAAGAUGGGCCAGCCAGCCUUGCUCUACCUGGUGCCCUGCACUUUACUCACCAGCCUGGCGGUGGCGCUGUGGCGCAAGGAGCUGCCCCAGUUCUGGUCUGGGAGUGGAUUUGUGUCUGGUGCUGCGGACGCGCCCGUCUAUGAAUGUCACUGCAGCCUGCCAUAGCGCGCACGCCGAUUAACUGUACUCAAACCGCGGCCCCGCCCACAGAGGAGUCCUUGACCAAUCCUGAGCCGCACAGCCCAGAGCCCACCAAUCAGAGUGAGGACACUCAGGAAACAUCCUCCACCAACAAGAGAGCGGAGCACAGAUUGGAAUAAAAUCAAAAAAGGAAAACUUCUAGAGACUUGGAGUGCGGCAUUAUAUACAUAUAUUUAUAUGUGUAUAUUAAUUGUUAUAUUGGUGGUUUGUUAUUUUAUUUCUCUGACUGUGCAUUAGAACACUUGAAUUGAAUUGCAAUGGACGAUUUUAGUGUUGACAUCUGUGUAAAUAAUAACUAUCAAAAUAAACUAUAUUGAGGUAGCUGGUGGGGUACGGGGCAACACCUGGUGUGGAACUGAUCUUGGACCAGACUCUCACACUACUAAGGCCCUCCCUCCUCGCUGCUGUACUGUGCUGCCUUUCACCAACAAAGGGAACCAAGCACUCAAACUCUAGGCAAUAACCUAGUCGGUCUACACUACGGUGCAUUAUUUCCCCCAACAAAAGAUUAGACUCGGGAGCAAAAUAACUGGAAUACUACAUCCGUACAAACACACUAUAAUGAAGGAUGUUUUUAAAGUCAAUAUAUUGCUUUUAUUUUUUGCUUUGGCCCAGUAUUUACUGUCAAGGUAAAGACAUUUUGGCUGAAGGGAUUUUUAUUACUUUAAGUAAUGGUGUAACCAUGGUUUAUUAAACCACAAGCACUCAAUGUAUUUGUAUUGUCCUGUGUAGUUGGGAUUAUUAUAUUUUGUAGCUAACAAUUUUUUUGGAUUAAUUUAAUUUUGCAUGCUUUUUUUUUGUUGUACGGAACAGUAAUAUUAAACCAGUGCCCAAUGUUGAUAUCAUGUAUCGGUGAAACGACAACCAGUAUUCAGUGUCUUAGUUGACUAUGUCAAGGAUUCUUCUGUUCUGCCUUCAUCGGACCAUGGGUUAACUGGGAGCGCUGCACCUAGUUCUGAUGUGGGUGCUGUGACCACCGCCAGAUGACUGAGCUGCUUACAGAGGUCGCAGAGUUCUCAUCAUCUGUCCUGUACUUAUUUUGCACAUGUUCUUAGUUUUGUAUUAUCGAUGGAGAUACAAGAAAAAUGUAUACUGGUUUACUCCUUACAUGCGUUUGAGAUUUCAGAAUAACCCCGUAUUCCAUUCCAUCAGUGUGGAGGCAGGAGUUCCUAUGCUAAGGGUUUCACAGGGUCCUCGCAGACGAGCAGACAUUUCUAUAAAUUGGAUGCGAUUUGGGAAUGGUUAGUAAAACAUGCCGAGUGUUACUUAGGUUUGGUUCAAAAGGCAAGACUACACAAGCAGCUUACUUGUAUGCGAGUAAUUGCUAUAGAAAGCACAUUACAGAUUAUUCACCAUUACGUGAUAUCAGGCUUCAUUUUGAUACCUCUUUUAAGGUUUCAAUGUUAUAUGAAAAUAAAAGGUAUUGGAUUCAACAUAUGUAUUUAUGGAAAAGAAAAGAUGUGCAACACUUGUACAGUUGUUGCUCUAUACAUCCCUGAAAAAUACUCAAAUCCUUCCAAAGUAAAAUGUAUAUCUGACUUUGAUGGACUAUUGCCAUUUUGGAUCCUUACAAUAAACCAGAAUAAAACUCGUA